AUGUUGAUUGUGGAGCAGCUACUGCUCAUGUCAGUGCUGAUCAGAGCAGAGCAGCCAGUUUGUAAGCGACAGGGCAAUGCACAGCUCUCCGAAUUCUCUAAAGAUGGAGACCUUAAAAUUGGCGGCAUCUUCACUUUCUACACUGGGUAUAAUGGGGUAAUUCCACAGUUUAACCGCUUACCUCCUCUACUAAAGUGCAAGGAUAUAAAUUACAGGGAACUUAAAUUUGCCUACACCAUGAUCUUCGCAAUAGAAGAAAUAAAUAAAAACCCAAGUAUCCUCCCGAACCACACGGUGGGGUAUGAAAUCUUUAAUGCAUGUGGAUUCUCUAAUAUCCUUCAGUCUGCACUUACAUUGUACAAUGGACAAGCAGCUUUCAUUGAUGAAAGAAACUGCACUAAGGCCAAUUCUGUGCAGGCUAUAAUAGGCCAUUCAGGAUCCACUCCAACCAUUGGGAUUGCAAGAAUAACUGGCAGAUUUCACAUACCCACGAUCAGUCAUUUUGCUACCUGUGCUUGCUUGAGCAACAGAAAAGAGUUUCCUUCCUUCUUCAGAACUAUUCCCAGUGAUUAUUACCAGAGCAGAGCACUGGCCCAGCUGGUGAAGCAUUUUGGCUGGACUUGGGUGGGUGCAUUAAGCAAUGACAAUGAUUAUGGUAAAAAUGGCAUUGCAACAUUCAUUAAAGCCGCUCAAGAGGAGGGCAUAUGUAUUGAGUACUCAGAGGCAUUUGAAAGCACAGGAUCCAAAACAUCACUGACAAAAAUUUUAGACAUUAUCAGAAGCUCCACAUCUAAGGUAAUAAUGGCCUUCAUGUCACACAGAGAGAUCAAAAUACUGGUGGAUGAGUUAUACAGGCAAAAUAUUACAGGAAUGCAGUGGAUUGGAAGUGAUGCCUGGAUCACAGAUGACUCUCUUGAAGAUAGCCUGGGCCACACAUUGCUAAUUGGAUCUAUAGGAUUCACUGUUCGCAAUGCUCAGAUCCCCGGACUAGGCCCUUUUCUACAGGAAGUCAACCCAUCUCAAUUUCCUAACAGCAUGUUUCUUAAAAAAUUCUGGGGAAGUGUGUUUGAAUGCUCUUUUAGCCCAAAUAAAACACAAAGGAAAUGUAAUGGCUCUGAGCACUUAAAAUAUGUCAAACAUCCUUUCACUGAUGUGUCUGAUCUUAGAUUUACUAACAAUGUCUUCAAAGCUGUGUAUGCAGUUGCUCAUGCACUGCACAACUUACUCUCAUGCAAGCAACAAGAAGGGCCCUUUACUAAUGCCACCUGUGCCCAACCAUCAACAGUACAACCCUGGCAGGUUUUACAAUAUCUGCAAAAUGUGAAUUUCAGUAUCAAUGGUGGAGAAACAUUGUUUUUCGACAGCAAUGGAGACUCUCCUGCAAGAUAUGAAUUGGUAAACUUACAAAAGGUCAGAAAAGGUACAAUGGAGUUGGCCACAAUUGGCUACUAUGAUGCAACCCAGCACCGAGGCCAAGAGUUUACCAUAAACAAUGUCGAAAUCAUCUGGGGAGGAGGCUAUAUGAGUGUUCCUGUAUCCUUGUGCAGUGAGAGCUGUCCCCUGGGCACUAGAAAAGCUGUGUUGAAAGGAAGACCCAUCUGCUGUUAUGACUGUAUUCCAUGUCCUCCAGGAGAGAUUAGCAAUGCAACAGAUUCAUCUGACUGUUUGAAGUGCCCUUUUGGAUACUGGUCCAACAACAGAGGUGAUGAGUGUAUCAUAAAGACAGUGGAAUUCCUAUCAUUCACAGAAAUGAUGGGUAUCAUUUUGAUGAUGUUUGGUUUACUUGGGGCAUUUUUAACUGUGUUUGUAUUUGUAGUUUUCUUUCACUACAGAGAUACUCCCAUAGUAAAAGCCAACAACUCAGAGUUGAGCUUCCUGCUGCUCUUCUCACUGACUCUGUGUUUUCUCUGUUCACUUACUUUCAUUGGUCGGCCCACUGAGUGGUCCUGUAUGUUACGUCACACAGCAUUUGGGAUCACUUUUGUCCUCUGUCUCUCCUGUGUUCUGGGGAAAACAAUAGUGGUGUUAAUGGCCUUCAAGGCUACACUUCCAGGCACUAAAGUCAUGAAAUGGUUUGGCCCUCCUCAACAGAGACUCAGUGUUCUUGCUUUCACACUUGUACAGGUAAUUAUCUGUGUACUUUGGCUGACAAUAUCCCCACCUAUUCCAUAUAUGAACAUAAACUCCAAUAGAGAAAAAAAUAUCCUUGAAUGUCAUUUAGGCUCAGCUGUUGGUUUUUGGGCUGUGUUGGGUUACAUUGGCCUACUGGCCAUCUUGUGCUUCAUUCUAGCUUUUCUGGCUCGAAAACUGCCUGAUAACUUCAAUGAAGCUAAAUUCAUCACAUUCAGUAUGCUUAUAUUUUGUGCUGUAUGGACUGCCUUUAUCCCAGCUUAUGUAAGCACACCUGGAAAGUUUACAGUUGCUGUGGAGAUAUUUGCCAUCUUAGCUUCCAGUUAUAGCUUACUGAUUUGUAUUUUCUUUCCAAAAUGUUUUGUCAUCCUUUUAAGGCCAGAUGCAAACACCAAAAAUAAUUUACUAAGAAAAGUGCCACAUUAA